UCUUUUGUUUGUUUUCCCCCUUGACUACGUCACACUCCACCCCACUCAACCCCACUCAACCCCACUCACCACCACCACCCCCAAACAAACAACUCUCUUCAAAACCUCCUUCCCCAAACCAUGGCAACUCGUCUUCGCGACUUUUACGGCGGUCGGUUCCUCAGCGAGGUUGACUUUAUGGUUGCCGAGGGCGUCCUGUCGCCUGCCACUGCCGCAGCCGUCCGCGCCGACCUCCAACGCGCCGGCAUCACCGACCAGCACCAGCACCAGCAGCAGCAGCAGCAGUACCAGGCUCCUCCACCGGUAGCUGCGGCGGCCCCAUCCAAGCUGCCGUACCCCGCGCCCAAAGCCGCAAAGGCGCCCAAACAUGCUCCCUAUCCGCAGCCCCAGGCGCAGGUCUACCCGCCGCAGCAGCCCGCAGGACUUCGCGUGCGCGCGUUGUACGACAAUCCGUCAACCGAGCCGGACGAUCUCGCUUUCAACGCAGGCGACGUGAUUGACAAUGUCAAGGAAGUCGACGCAGAUUGGUACCAAGGCUCGCUCGCUGGACGCACUGGCAUCUUCCCGCGCAGCUUUGUGGAGCCGCUUCCCGCUGGUCCUCCGCAGCAACCCUACCCGCAGCAGAUGCCCGUGCAGCAAGUGGUGGUUGCGGGACCUCCGCCGCCCACGAACGUUGUUGUUGUCAAGAACGACAAGCCAAGCACUGGAGAGCGCAUGAAGGACCACGCCAUGAUGGCGGGUGCAGGCGGUUUUGGCUGGGGAAUUGGUCGCGGUCUUGCCGGCAAGAUCAUUUGAUUUUUUUCCUCCCUUGUCUUGUGCAAACCGGAGCGAUCGCAUCUGAAUAGUGAACAGUUAAUGUGAUUUUUGUGCCUUGUUUUUCUGACUUUUGUACUCGUGAGCUGCUUUCUUUUGGAAUAUGGAUACUGUAUUGGUUUUGAUUCGAU